AUGCGUUCUCAGAACACGCCAGGAACGAUGAAUUACCUCAUCGAAGUUUGCCGGGAGUACUACUUACCUUACUAUGCUUACAAUGGAUUCUACAGAAACAUAUAUUGUGCAAUGUGCGAGUUUGACGCAAAAGAUCUGUACAUUCAGUACGAGGUUUUGGGAACAUUCAGCGACAUUGAUAUCAUACUAACCUCCUUUUCCGCCCUGUUAGAUUUUAAGAUAGAGGAAAAAGAACCGAUCGCUAACAACAUGAAAUGUGCAGCUAAUCAAAUAUUUGAUGAGAAAUUGAACAAGUGCCAAGACAUCGAGUGUGAACCAGAGUAUAUGUACCAGAACCUGGCCUGUCAGCCCGUCUAUACAAUACUUAAUGAGAACAACUACGAGUUAAACUUAAUGGUUGUCCCAACAGAUAGUAACAACUCCGUCAACAUGGAGCACUGUAUACCAGAUGUCACUGGAAUUCUACAAGACAUUAUGAGGAUCAACAACUUGACAGAGUAUCUCUGUAGAAUGUCCACGUUGCUGCCUGCUGAAUCGGACGUAGAAUUUUUGGCAUUUGAUAUAGAACUGUCAGAAGUAAGGUCACCACUGAUGGGUGUACAAGCUCGCAUUUCUAAAGCCACAGGAGCGUAUGCUGCUCUGCGGAACAUCUGGAGGUCAACAAAGUUUAGCACCAACACCAAAAUUAAAAUCUUCAAGAGCAACCUGCUUGGGGUCCUACUAUAUGGUGCUGAAUCUUGGAAAGUAACCAAGUCUAUUUCCAACAAGCUGGAUGUAUUUCAGACCCGAUGUCUCCGCAGAAUAUUGCGCAUCUUCUGGCCUAGCACCAUCUCAAAUGACGAACUGUACAAAAGGAAAAGCACCACUCCUCUAUCCCAGACGAUCAGAAAGAAAAAAUGGCUGUGGAUAGGACAUGUAUGCAGAAUGUACCCAAAUUCCAUCCCAAGGGUUGCUUUCAAAUGGUCACCAACUGGCAAGAGAAAGAGAGGAAGACCAAGAGAGACCUGGAGAAGAUCGGUGGAGAAAGAAAUGAAAGAUAACAACUGUAGUUGGGGACAGGUCCAGAAAUGGACAAAAGGCAAACCAACAUGGAAGUCUCUGGUGACGGCCUUAUGUGCUGACCAGCACGAAGAGGACUAA